AUGACUAUGGCACUACCGCGAUCAUCGCCUGUUGUUGGUUCGAGACCGGCCUACUUGGACGGCCUGUACAGAGACACCCACAACACAUCAUCACCAUCAACAUCCACAUCAACUUCAACUUCAUCCUACAGAGAUGCACACUACCCAUUACAUUCCCACUCGAGCAGCUUUUCGACCAUUAGCACCGCUUCCUCGUAUAGCCUUCGAUCACCCCCGAGCGAGAAAUGCAACAGCGACACUCUCAGCAUUCGAAGCAAAAAGUCCUUGUCCUUCCUCAGUAGUCCCAAGAAGAGGUUUGGAUACAUCUUACAACGGCAUCAUCGACAUACCUUUCCCCAGACGUCGGAUGAAUUGCAGCGAUCCGCGUCUGUGAGUUCGAUAUACAGCCAACCACCAAGCUCCUCGAGUCCCUCGACGCCGAUACUGGAGGAGAAGGAGGACGAGGAAAAGAAAGAAGAGGCAGUAGAGGAAGAGACUUUUGUAGCGCCUCCAACAACAACACGACCUCCUCGACCAACUCUCCCAAGACUCCAAACGACUUUUGCGCCUCCCAAUUUUGGCCCACCAGCCCACGUGUUGGCGUAUGAGCGAAAAGCUUUACCGGCAAUUCCCAGGACGCAGAAAGCAGGUGCGCCUGUGCGACAUGAACGACUUCGACAAGCGUCCCGCUCACAACCACCACCAGCUACGAGACGCUAUGCUCCCGCAUACGAGGGGAAUCAUCAUGUCCCUGUGCCGACGGAUCUGGGCUGUUUGAAAUGCUAUUACUUUGUUGCGAGGAAUUGCAAUGGGUAUGUAUUAGGUGGGAAUUCUGGAGAUGCUUGCGAUACAUGCUUGUCUGCGGGUUUCUUCGGCACAAACUAA